AUGCACGUGAAGCGGUCACGGAGCCCUCGGGCUCCGGCCGAGGACGACAAGAAGCGUGCCGGCGGGUGGCGCGGCUCCGGCGUCCGCCCUGAGAUGGUGCUCGUCGGCUUCCUCCUCACGCUGCCUCUCCUCUUCCUCGUCUUCGGCGGCCGCUGGGGCAGCAGCUCCUUCCCUUCGUCGUCCUCGUCGUCGUCGUCUGCUACCUCCUCUCCGCCCGUCGUCUCCAAGCCCGCCGUCGGGCGCCACGUGGACGCCGGCGACCGCGGCGCGACGCCUCAGGGCCAAAAACCUGUUCCUCUGAAAAACGUCUCUGCAUCGACGGCAACAUCUGUGUCCCAGGAUAAGCUUCUGGGCGGAUUACUGUCCGCGGCAUUCGACGAAUCCUCGUGCCAGAGCCGCUACAAAUCGAACCUGUACCGGAAGCCAUCCCCUUUCCCGCUCUCCCCCUACCUGGCGCAGAAGCUGAGGAAGUACGAGGCGUACCACAAGAAGUGCGGCCCGGGGACGAAGCGCUACCGGCGGGCCGUCAAGCAGCUCAAGGCCGGGCGCAACGCCGACGACUCGGAGUGCAAGUACGUGGUGUGGUUCCCCUGCAACGGCCUGGGCAACCGCAUGCUCACCAUCGCGUCCACCUUCCUGUACGCGCUGCUCACCGACCGGGUGCUCCUGAUGCACGUCUCGGCGGAGCAGGAGGGCCUCUUCUGCGAGCCGUUCCCGGGCAGCUCGUGGGUGCUCCCGCGCAACUUCCCGCAGAACAACCCGCACAAGCUCCACAUCGGCGCGCCGGAGAGCUACGCCAACAUGCUCAAGAGCAACGUCGUCCGCAACGACGUCGACCCCGCCAGCGUGCCGGCGUCGUCGCUGCCUGCGUACGUGUACCUCCACGUGGAGCAGUUCCAGCUGAAGCUGUCGGACAACGUCUUCUGCGACGAGGACCAGGCGAUGCUCGGCAAGUUCAACUGGAUGAUCCUCAAGUCCGACAGCUACUUCGCGCCGGCGCUGUUCCUGACGCCGAUGUUCGAGGCGGAGCUCGCUAGGAUGUUCCCGCAGAAGGAGGCCGUGUUCCAUCACCUGGGGCGGUACCUCUUCCACCCGACGAACCGAGUCUGGGGGAUCAUCAGGAGAUACUACGAGGCGUACCUUGCCAGAGUGGACGAGAAGAUCGGGUUCCAGAUCCGGAUCUUCCCGGAGAAGCCGAUCAAGUUUGAGAACAUGUACGACCAGCUGAUGCGGUGCAUCAGGGAGCAGCGGCUGCUGCCGGAGCUCGGUACCGCCGAGACGACGACGACGAACGCGACCGCGACCGCUGACGCCGGGAACGGGAAGGUGAAGGCGGUGCUGAUCGCGUCGCUCUACUCGGGGUACUACGAGAAGAUCCGCGGCAUGUACUACGAGAGCCCCACCAAGAGCGGGGAGAUCGUGGCGGUGUUCCAGCCCAGCCACGAGGAGCAGCAGCAGUACACGUCGAACGAGCACAACCAGAAGGCGCUGGCGGAGAUCUACCUGCUCAGCUACUGCGACAAGAUCACGAUGAGCGCCUGGUCCACCUUCGGCUACGUCGCGUACAGCUUCGCCGGCGUGAAGCCGUGGAUCCUGCUCCGGCCGGACUGGAACAGGGAGACCUCCGACGUCGCGUGCGUCCGGUCCACGUCCGUGGAGCCGUGCCUGCACUCGCCGCCGAUCCUCGGGUGCAGGGCCAAGAGGGACGUCGAUGUGGCCGCCGUCAAGCCGUACGUCCGGCACUGCGAGGACGUCGGCUUCGGCCUCAAGUUGUUCGACAGCUAA